UUCCGCUGAACCUCCAAACCCUGCGAUAGAGUCUCUUCUUCCCCGUCUUCAAAUUUGUUGGUUUCAAUCUUCUUCUCAGAAUAUGCAAAACCCUAACCCUCUUUAAUUCCCAGCUUUCUCACAUCGUCAUCAAUGGCGACGCCGUCUCACGCUAAGGCUGUCAAGUCACUCAACAACUCCGUUGGCCGCCGCCGCUUUGUCUUCAAGACUUUUUCUCAAAGAAUAGAAGAUAUCGACAUUGAUGUAUACCGCAGUCUUGAUAAAGUUAAGUCUGAGCCAUCUGAAGGUUCCUCAUUUUUCCGGGACUGCCUUGUAGAAUGGAGGGAACUGAAUACUGCGGAGGAUUUCAUCUCUUUUUAUGAGGAAAUUAUACCAUUUGUGCAAACAUUACCUCUGGUGUUAUUGCACAAGGAAACUAUAAUGUUAAAGCUUCUCUCUGUGUUACAAAUAAAAGCAAGACUUUCGGUUGAGCCUAUUCUCAGGCUAAUUGCUGCUUUAUCUAGAGAUCUUCUAGAGGAAUUUUUGCCCUUCUUGCCAAAUAUUGCUGAGUCCCUAUAUGGUCUCCUAGAAAGCGGUGCAGAUACAGAGCCAGAAAUUAUUGAGCAGAUUUUUACAUCCUGGUCAUACAUUAUGAUGCAUUUACAGAAAUAUCUCAUAAACAACCUUGUCCUCGUACUCAAGGUUACCCGGAAAUUGAGGUUCUAUCCAAAAGAUUAUGUCCAAGAUUUUAUGGCAGAAGCAAUAUCCUUCUUGUUCAGGAAUGCACCUUUUGAUCAGCUUAAACUAGGUGUGUGGAAGGUUAUACUUGAAGUUGCAAAGAAACCUGAAAUAGCUACCAGAAAAUAUGGAGUCAGUGCUUUACUUUGCUAUGUUAUGAAAGGAACCUCAUCAAGGCUCCAUUCUAAAGCAGAAAGAGUAUUGCGGUUAUUGAUGAGCAAUUCAGUACUUUGUGCUGGUGAUAAAUACACGGAAGGUUCAGACACUGUUGUUGAAGGCAAAAAAGAAAAGAAAGUUCCUAACACUAUUGUGGAAGUUUUAAUUCUUGCAUUACAAAGAUUGUGUGAAAUAAUUGAGCCCAAAGAGUUGAAUAUAAUGUGGAAAUGCUUACACGUGGAAAUAGCUGAUUCUGUUAAAAAAAAGUGUCUUACGCGGUUAUGUCACUUGUUAUCACUGCUAGUGUCUACUGUUCGGAUAAAUGAUGGAAGAAGUGUUUCUAAUCACCAACCUAUGAUUGAUGCUGUUGCACUUCUCUUACAAGAAUUGAUAUUACAUACUGGAAUCGCACCUGAGGAUAAUAUACCUGAAAUUUUGGAUCAGGUUCUUGAGUUGAUGCUUUGCACUCUUGAUGUGCUGCACAACUAUGAUGAUAUGUCAACUAUAUCUGACUGUUCAUUGCAAUGGGCACCGGUAUUUGACUUAAAGAGCUCCAGUUUGUUGGCAUUUAUUCACAAACUGCUACUUAAGGAUGAUUCCAUAUUGAAUUUCUUCAAGGUUAAUAUUCUGAGUGCCCUGAACGAUUUAAUAGAAACUUCACAAAAGGAAGUAGUAUGUCUAUUACUUUCUUUAUUUGUGAGAAAAAGCAUAGAGGAAAAAAGCUUCAAUUUAUUACACGAAACUUCUAAGGAAGGGCUUCUGAGGAUUCAAGAUUUUCUACGGACAGAAAUACAUGAUGUUGUAUCUCAUGGUUCAUCAUCUACUAGACUUCAGGAAAACAACUUAGAUCUGUUGUGGGGUACCGUCAAUUGUUUUCCAUACCUGUUAGAUCUUGAAAGAGAUCAAUCGCUGCUAGCUGAUUUCAUAGAUGCACUUGAUCGCUGUGUGGUGACUGAAUCUGACAAUGCUGCUGGUGUUCCUAAACAUGUUUUGCAAAGCAUUAUCGGCUCUGCUAUUCAUUCCUAUUCAAAAUUGCACUGUGGUAGGAAUAACAAAUGUGAGGAAACAAGCAGAUUUUUACAUCUUGCGAGAAGGCACAAAUCAUGCACUCAAAUAUUAUCUGCUGUUGCAGAUUUUUUGGAUUCUGCAUAUGGGCCAAUAAUAGAAGCAAACUACCUCUCUCGUACAUAUCAUCCAGAACUCAAAGCAGACAAGGCUGUCGAUGCAAUAAGUGUAUUUGCUGAUAAUUUGCAUCACCCGGAAAAGGGGCUCCGUGUUGCAGCUCUUAGAUUACUGUGCCACUAUGAACUUUUGAUUUGUGAUAUUUCAGCAGAGGAUCAGCCAGUUCAAAAGAAACUGAAAACUGAAUCUUCAGAGACUUUCCAUACAGACAACCAGAGCUUUAAUGUUUUGCAGCUCCUUCUCUUAAUUGAGACAACUCCUCUUUCAGUCUCUACAUUCAGGACAGUGACCUUGUUCAUCUCUAAAGUACAUAUGGCCCUCUCUGCUGGAAGGAUAUCUGAAGCUUAUGUUCCUCUUCUUGUAAAUGGAAUGAUUGGUGUCUUUCAUAACCGGUUUAGUUAUGUUUGGAACCCAGCAUCUGAAUGCCUUGCGGUGGCAAUAAGCAAUUAUGUUGGGCUAGUAUGGGAAGGAUUCCUUGGUUAUUUUCAGCAGGUUCUCUCCACAUUCCAGGCAUCAAAUGAUCAACUUGAUAAAACAAAGGCGGAAUUCACCAACAACCCAAGUGUUCUUGCUGAGCGCUUUAAAUUGUUUGUUACUCCUCCUUGUGAUGGUACACCAUUGCCAACAGUAAUAACCUUGUUACUCCAAUCUUUACAAAGAAUUCCAACACUUGUUGAUUCUCGUUCACGAGAUAUUGUUCCUUUGCUUUUGAAGUUUUUGGGCUAUGAUAGCAGUGAGCAUAUAAGUGUGGGAUCAUUCAGUUCACUUGUUUGUAAAGGCAAAGAGUGGAAGAUUAUUCUAAAAGAAUGGUUAAAUCUGCUGAAAUUGAUGCGGAACCUUAAAUCCUUUUAUCGGAAUCAAUUCCUUAAAGAUGUGCUGGAAAAUAGGCUUUUGGAUGCAAAUGAUCCUGAGAUACAGACAGCUGUUCUUGAAUGCCUGUUGAUCUGGAAAGAUGAUUUUCUGCUAUCAUAUGAUCAGCACCUGAAAAAUUUGCUCAGCUUUACUAGUUUCAGAGAGGAACUAACCACAUGGAGUUUAUCCAGAGAAUCUAAACUUAUUGAAGAGCACCACAGACCUUACCUUGUACCUAUAGUUAUACGUCUUCUGAUGCCAAAAGUCAGGAAGUUGAAGAAGAAUGCCUCACGAAAGCAUGCAAGUGUAAAUUACCGAAAGGCGGUUCUUGGUUUCUUAGCGCAACUUGAUGUUGAUGAGCUUCCCCUUUUCUAUGCAUUGUUAAUGAAGCCUUUGCAAAUUGUGCAAGUGGGAAGUGAUGGUACAUCUGACUGGUUUUGGACUUCGUCUGGAAGCUCAAAAGAUAGGUUCCAAGCUUCAAAUUUUCUUAAGUAUUUCACAGUGGAUAAUAUUACAGCCUUGUCAUGGAAGAAAAGAAAUGGUUUUCUUCAUGUAAUAGAAGAUGUUGUUGGAGUUUUCGAUGAGUUGCGAAUCAAACCUUUUCUUGAUUUUCUAAUGGGAUGUGUUGUUCGGAUAUUGGAGAGCUGCACUUGUAGUCUUGAUGCUGCAAAGGGAUAUAGAUCUUUGGAUGGAAGUCAAAGCAGUUCAAAUCCGUCUUUGCAUGAGAAAGAAAAUACGGAUGGAAAUAGUUUCUCGGCCAUUUCAGUUGUGAAGCAAUUCAAGGAUUUGAGGUCCUCAUGCUUGAAAAUUGUUUCUCUCGUUCUCAAUAAGUACGAAGAUCAUGAUUUUGGUUAUGAUUUCUGGGACCUUUUCUUUAAGUCAGUGAAGCCUUUGGUUGAAAGUUUCAAGCAGGAAGGUUCUAGUGGUGAAAAACCUAGUUCACUAUUUUCUUGCUUUGUUGCGAUGACAAGAAGUCAGAAACUUGUGCCCCUGCUGUGCCGGGAGAAAAGUCUUGUUCCUGACAUAUUCUCAAUUCUAACUGUUACAUCAGCAUCUGAAGCUAUUGUAAGAUGUGUUCUAAAGUUCAUUGAGAACCUAUUGUAUCUAGAUAGUGAGUUGGAUAGUGAUGAUGUAAAGAAAGUUCUACUUCCGAAUCUUGAGGCACUUAUUGGUAGCUUGCAUGGAUUUUUUCAAAGCGAAUGUGCAACCAAGAGGAAAUUGGUCAAAUACCCUGGGGAAACUGAGAUUAGAAUUUUCAAGUUUCUGUCUAAGUAUGUGAAGGAUCCAAUGCCAGCCAGGAAAUUCAUCGACAUUUUGCUCCCGUUUUUAUCGAAGGGAGUUCAAAGUUCUGAUGUCUGUCGUGAAGCUGUACAAGUCAUACAGGGGAUCAUACCAAUACUAGGAAGUGAAGUUACAACAACAAUCCUGAAUGGUAUUUCUCCGUUGUUUGUUUCUGGUGAUCGAGAUUUGCGCUUAUCUCUCUGUCAUCUUCUUGAAACUCUUUCUGAAGUUGAUCCCUCUGUAACUGUUGUGGCAAAACUUGUGUGUGACUUGAAUGCAACCUCUACUAUGGAAGUUGGAGCCCUUGAUUAUGACACUAUAAUCAAUUCUUAUGAAAAAAUCAGUGCAAAUUUCUUCAAUACUGUUCCGGAGGAUCAAUCAUUACUGAUUUUGUCUCAUUGUGUAUAUGAUAUGUCAUCUGGAGAGUUAAUUUUAAGGCAUAGUUCUUAUCGAUUGUUACUUUCAUUUCUUGAAUUUGCUGCUGAAGUUCUCAGUCAUGUAGAAAAUAAUCUAGAAAUGCCUCAUUCAAAGAAAACUGGUGAUGAUUGGGCAGUAGGAUCCAUUAAGCGCAUAAUAAACAAGUUUCUCUUGAAGCAUCUAGGAAAUGCAAUGAAGGGAGAAGCUUCUCUAAAAAAGGAAUGGAUUAAUUUACUACGAGAAAUGGUGUUGAAACUUCCAAACAUGGGCAAUUUGGAUUCGUUAAAGGUUCUUUGUGAUGAAGAUGCUGAAAUAGAUUUUUUCAACAAUAUCAUUCAUUUACAGAGGCACAGAAGAGCAAGAGCUUUGGCACGCUUCAGGAAUGCUAUCAGUUCUAGCUCUAUGCCAGAGGGAAUAAUAAAUAAAGUGUUUGUACCCCUCUUUUUCAGUAUGCUAUUUGAAGUACAGGAAGGAAAGGGUGAACAUGUUAGAGAUGCAUGUAUAGAGGCCCUUGCAUCAAUUUCUGGGCAAAUGAAAUGGGAUUCCUAUUAUUCUCUGUUAAUGAGAUGCUUCAAUGAAAUAAACUUGCAUCCUGAUAAGCAGAAGAGUUUAGUACGGCUAAUUUGCUUUAUUUUGGACCAAUUCCAUUUUUCAGGCCCUGCAUACUCCUGUGACAAUCCUUCUGAUUCUGGGACUGUUGUCUCAAGUUCUUUGAGUACACUACGCAAGUGUAGUGGUUCUGCUGUGCUGUCUGAUAUACAAACUUGUCUUCAGAAAGCUGUGCUGCCAAAGAUACAGAAGUUGCUGGAUUCUGAUUCUGAUAAGGUUAACGUUAACAUCAACCUUGCUGCGCUUAAGUUAUUAAAGUUGCUUCCAGGAGACAUAAUGGACUCACAGCUUCCUAGUAUUGUUCAUCGCAUUUCAAACUUUCUGAAGAAUCGUUUAGAAAGCAUCCGUGAUGAAGCUAGGUCUGCUUUGGCUGCAUGUUUGAAGGAGCUUGGGCUAGAAUACUUGCAGUUUCUAGUCAGGGUUCUUCGGACCACAUUAAAGAGAGGAUAUGAAAUGCAUGUGUUGGGGUACACCUUAAAUUUCAUUUUAUCAAAGUUUCUCUCAGUUCCUGUUUGUGGCAAGUUGGAUUACUGUUUGGAAGAUCUCCUGUCUGUAGUAGACAAUGAUAUUCUUGGAGAUGUUGCCGAGGAAAAAGAGGUGGAUAAGAUUGCUUCAAAAAUGAAGGAAACUAGGAAGAGGAAGUCCUUUGAAACCCUACAAUUGAUUGCUCAGAGCAUUACAUUCAAAACCCAUGCUUUGAAAGUACUCUCACCUGUUGCUUCUCACUUGCAAAAGCGUAUGACUCCCAAAAUCAAAGCUAAAUUGGAAAGCAUGUUGAAUCACAUAGCUGCUGGUAUUGGAUCCAAUACUUCUGUAGAUCAGACUGACUUGCUUAUUUUUGCAUAUGGCCUCAUUGAAGAUGGGAUUAAAAACAAACCAAGUAAUGAGAACUCAACAAUUUCUGGUGCUGAUAAAAAUCAUAAAAAGGGUGCAGGUGGAAAAAGUGUUUCCUCAGUCCGAGUUAAACAUGUAAAGUCAUUAGGUUCACAUCUUAUAGUUGUUUUUGCUCUCGGAAUACUGCAUAAAAGUGUGAAGAACGUAAAAAAUGCCAAAAAUGAUGUACAAGUAUUAGCAAUGCUUGAUCCUUUUAUCCCAUUGCUUGGAAACUGCUUAAAUUCCAAAUAUGAAGAUGUUUUAUCUGCAACUCUUAGGUGCCUUAUUCCACUUGUAAGAUUGCCUUUACCAUCCAUUGAAUCCCAAGUUGAUACGAUAAAAGGUGCCCUGUUUGAUAUUGCCCAAAGUACUAUAAAUGUCAACAGUUCCUUAAUGCAGUCUUGCCUACGAUUGUUGACUGUGCUUUUGGGAGGAACUAAUGCUACACUUUCCUCAGAAGAGCUACAUUUGCUAAUUCAGCUUCCACUUUUUGUUGAGCUAGAAAGAAAUCCCUCAUUUGUUGCCCUUUCACUUUUAAAGGCAAUUGUUAGCCGUAAGCUAGUUGUUCCAGAAAUAUAUGAUCUUGUAACUCGAGUUUCGGAAUUGAUGGUUACAAGUCAAGUAGAACCAAUACGUCAAAAAUGCAGUCAGAUUCUGUUGCAAUUCUUACUUGAUUAUCCUCUUUCUGGGAAACGUCUGCAACAGCAUUUGAAUCUCCUGCUUUCUAAUCUUGGGUAUGAACACCCAAGUGGAAGAAAAGCUGCACUCGAAAUGCUUCAUGCAAUUAUUGUUAAGUUUCCCAAAAGUGUUGUGGAUGAUCAAUCACAAACACUAUUUUUUCAUUUGGUGCUUCGCUUAGCUAAUGAUCUGGAUAAUGAGGUUCGUUCCAUGAGUGGUGCAGCUAUCAAGCGUCUCAUAGGUUGUAUAAGUGCACAUUCACUUCAUUCUAUUCUUGAGAGCAGUAUAUCUUGGUAUAUGGAUAAGAAGUCACAACUGUGGAGUGCUGCAGCACAGGUUUUGGGCUUAUUAGUUGAAGUUUUAAAGAAAGGAUUCCAAAAACACAUAAGUAGUGUUUUGCCGAGAGCCAGAACUGUUUUGAAAUCUGCCAUCAACGACUUUAAUGACAAAUCACAAGAUUAUUCUGAUGAGGCUACUAUUCCAUUCUGGAAGGAGGCAUACUAUUCAUUGAUAAUGUUUGAGAAAAUUCUGCAGGAGUUUCAUGAUUUAUGCUUUGAAGGGGAUCUGGAGGAUGUUUGGGAUGCAAUAUGUGAACUUCUCCUGCACCCUCACACGUGGUUACGAGACAUUUCGAGUCGCUUAGUAGCAUUCUACUUUUCUGCUGUGACAGAGCUAAGCAGGAAGAAUCGUGAACUUUCCCUUCAAAGUUAUUUUCUUACGAGGCCAAGUAGACUAUUCAUGAUAGCUGUUUCCAUUUGUUGCCAAUUGAAGACAAAAGUCAGUGAUGAUGCUGCAAGCAACCUGCUUGUACAAAAUAUCGUUUUCACUGUUUGCGGUGUUCACUCUUUGAUGGGUCAACUGGAACAUGGAGAACCACAAAAAUUUUGGUCUACCCUCGAGCAGCACGAGCAAGGUCAUUUUCUUAAAGCACUAACAUUGCUUGAUUCGGGGAAAGUACGAACCAAGUUUUUGUUUAUUACGUCCACCGAACUAGACAAAAAAGACAAUGGACAUUCUAAGGCCAUCAGGAACUUGCUUAUCUCCACUCUGCUAAAAAAGAUGGGAAAAAUUGCCCUUCAAAUGGAGGCUGUUCAGAUGAAAAUUGUCUUCAAUAGUUUUAGCAAGAUCUUUUCUCAAUUUUCCGAGGAAGACCGCCAACUUUAUGCAUAUGAAAUUCUCCUGCCCUUGUAUAAAGUUUGCGAAGGAUUUGCUGGAAGAGUUGUCACUGAUGAUAUGAAGCAACUAGCACAGGAAGUGUGUGACCGUCUGCGACAAAUGUUGGGCAUCCAAACAUUUGUGCAAGUUUACAGCGAGAUCAGGAAAAUGCUGAAAUCAAAACGAGACAAGAGGAAACAAGAAGAGAAAAUCAUGGCUGUCGUCAAUCCUAUGCGAAAUGCAAAGAGGAAACUGAGGAUCGCCGCUAAACAUCGCGUCAACAAGAAAAGGAAGAUAAUGACAAUGAAAUACGGGCGAUGGAUGUAGAGACAACGAUAACGACUAAUACAGAUGUUGGAUGAAGCUAACCUCAUUCGGUUGCUCUCGGAGCACCUCUGCCAUCGAUGAUGGUAGGGAAAGCUGUUGAUUCUCAGAAACUCAUCAUAUCUGAUCCAACAGGGCUGCUUCUUCUGUGUGGACAUUUUGAACAAGUUUUGCUGCUGUUACGAUUCGAGCUUUGCCUAUGAGAAGCCAUAUCAACUCCUCUUUCAACUCUCAAGAUCUUGAAACCUAUACCAUGGUGGCACUGAUCUCGGCCUCAUUUUUGGUUCAUAUUUUGAAGUAGUUUUUCUUUUUUGGUAUAUUUAUUUAUUCUUUAUCUAUAAUUGUUUGUAAUGUCCCACAUGCAGGCCAUUAAAUUUUGAUCCCAAUUAUCUUAUAUGUAAUAGCUUCAAAAGUAAUUUGUUCUCUUUUCACCC